AUGUCACCAAAACCCCCAAACAAAACACUCACACUCCCCUCCCGCACCACUUAUGCCUACCACUUCCACCCAUCUUCAAAUAACAAACCAACGCUGCUCUUCCUGCACGGCUUCCCAUCGACAUCCCAUGACUGGCGUCACCAAAUCUCGCACUUCUCAUCCAAAGGCUACGGGAUUCUAGCCCCUGAUCUCCUUGGCUAUGGCCUCUCAUCCAAACCACUUGAAGUAGAAAAUUACCUCGGCAGCGUCAUGUCAGAAGAUAUCAUCGCCAUCCUCACCCACGAAGUUCUUACCUCUGGAGAUGUAGUAGGCGUAGCACAUGAUUGGGGUACUUAUCUACUCUCCCAACUUGCCUUCCGGUACCCUUCGUACUUCACCAAGUUCGUCUUCAUCUCGGUCCCAUACCAGCCGCCUGGACGAGAUAUGAAUCUCUCUAGCGUAAAUGCAGCGACGAAGCAGGCGAUCGGAUAUGAGCAGCUCGGAUACUGGCUCUUCUUCACCAGUCCCGAAGCCGGCGAGAAGAUUGGCAAAAGAUGGGAAAGCUUUUUCAGUAUUCUUUAUCCUGAGGAUUCUGGCAAGUGGGCGACGGACCUUGCUGGUAUUGGGGACUUGGAGAGGUUUAUCGGUGCUGAUAGGAGAGCAAAGGUUGGGGAAUGGAUUGGUGAUGUGCAGGAAGAAGCGGGACGGCAUCAUGAAAUGUUUGGGGAUGAUUAUUCGGCACCUUUGAGAUGGUAUCAUAGGGCAAUUAUGGGUCUUGGGAAGGAGGAGGAGAGAGAGCUAUUGAAGAGAGGAGAGAUUAAGGGGAAGAUUGGGAAGAAGACUUUGAUGAUUACGGGGACGAAGGAUCGGGUUUGUGAUGCCGGAAAGGCGCGAAUGGCUAUGGGGGCUUCGAUUGAGAGUCCGAAGGAGAACUUUGAGGUUCUGGAUCUGGAAGCUGGGCAUUGGGUGAUGCUUGAGAAGAGAGACGAGAUGAAUCGGGCGUUGGAGAGGUUUUUGGAAAGUGGUGCGCGUGGUGAAGGGGGUGCAGAAUCAAAGAUUUGA